CACAAUCUGUUCUCCGCCGUCGCAACGGACAUCGUCGAAGCAUGGGAUGCGGCUCGUCCCUCGGCAUUCAGUCCAAGGUAGCAGACAAGAACCACGCAGGUGACGACCGCGCGCAGCAACUAGACAACUCUCCCCUCACGGCCGAUGAAAUUCGGUCGCGGAUCGUAUGUUCCGAUAAGCCGGUCAAGUCGCAGUUGACCCCGUCCCUCUCCAUCGAGUAUGCCUUCGUCACCCAAAGAGGGUACUAUCCCGACGCGGUGGACAAGCCCAACCAGGACAGCUACACCAUCAUCCCCAACUUCGCCGGCGACCCGACCAAGAUCUUUUUCGGCAUCUUUGACGGCCACGGAGCCACGGGGGACCUCUGCUCGGUGUUUGCGAGGAAGGAAGUACCCGAUCGACUGCAAAAGCUCAUGGGGAAGGCCAAUGCUUCGGUUCCGUUCACCGAAAUCUACUCCAACUGUUUCACGGACACGAACGCCAAGGUAUGAAGCACACGAGCGGUGGACUGAGUAAAAUUGACUGAUCGGUGGCUACGACGACAUGUAUGUACAGCUGCACACGUCUCGCAUUGACGACAGUUUAAGCGGCACGACGGCAAUCACUUGCUUUAUGGACGGCAACAUCAUUCACAUUGCCAACGUCGGCGACUCGCGCGCUGUGAUUGCCAAGACGGACGCCGCGGGCAUCGUGGCGUCGCCCUUGUCUGUGGACCAGACCCCCUAUCGAACUGACGAGCGAGAUCGUGUCAAGCGAUACGGGGCGCGAGUCCUAACGAUGGAUCAACUGGAAGGGAUUACUCCCAUCCACGAGAACUGGGCCACGGCCGUGAACGAAGAGGUGGACGAGGACGGAGACCCCCCGCGUGUGUGGUCUCCGACGGGAAAUUUCCCCGGCACGGCGUUCACGCGGUCGAUCGGGGACGAGAUUGCCGAGAGCCUGGGGGUGUUUGCCACGCCAGAGAUUGCGAGUCUGCAGCUCACGUCCAACGACCGCUACGUAAUCAUUGCCAGCGAUGGCGUGUUUGAGUUCUUGACCAACCAGGCAGUGGUGGACAUCGUGAAGACAUACGACAACCCGCUGGAGGCGUGCGAAAAGGUCGUGGCCGAGUCGUAUCGGCUGUGGCUCCACUAUGAACUGCGCACGGACGACAUCACGAUCAUCUGCAUCUACUUGGAGCACGCCGUGGUGCCCGAGACGGCGGAAAGCACCCAGCGCCUCGCGAGCCAACAGGCUAACGAUCUGCUCACGACCAACAUCCUCAACACGCGCGUGACAGAACAGCGGCCCGUGCGUCGGGGCAUGUCCAAGCAAAAGCGCCGCGACCAGAUGAAGAAGGACAUGGCCAAGAUGGUCACGGACGAAGACCUGAACUACAACAUGAGCGACCACGUCGUGGCCAAAUCCAAGCUCGAGAUGGACAAAAUCCUCGAAAUCACGGCCGCCAACUGGCUGUUCAAGCAGCUCAACGCCCAGCAGCGCACCGACGUGUACAAAGUCAUGAUCCGCGUCAACGUCAACGAGGGCGACGUGGUCAUCCGCCAAGGCGACCCCGGGGACCACUUUUAUUGCGUCCAAAGCGGCGAUUAUCAGGUGACAGUGAAGAGCGAAUCCACGACCGGUCAGCGCGAAGAUAUUGUACACAUGUACCGCGGAGACACGCACCCGUCGUUUGGGGAGCUGGCACUCAUGCACAACGCGCCGCGAUCGUCGUCGGUGGUGGCGCUGACCAAGGGCGUGCUGUGGGCCAUCGACUGCCGCGCCUUCCGCCUCGUGUUCAUGAAGUCCCCGACAAACGUGAUUGUACAGACGCUCAAGAAAGUGGACGUGCUCAAGAGCCUCACGACGUCACAGCUUGAGCGGCUGGCAACCAAGCUGACAGAGAUUACGUUUGAAGAUGGUGACUACAUUUUGAACCAGGGCACGAUCGGCGACACUUUCUACGUGAUCAAGGAAGGCGCGUGUAUCUGCACGAUGUGGGACACAGCUCCGGGCGAGGGCGAGCGCCGCAGCCGCGAGGUGCUGCGCCUUCGCCAGCAUCAGUACUUUGGUGAGCGCGCCUUGUUCAACGACGCGCCUCGAGCCGCCAACGUAAUUUCCGUCGGGCGCACCAAGUUGCUUCAGAUUGGCCGGCAGACGUUUGAAGAGAUCCUGGGCCCGCUGCAGCAGAUCAUCGACAACGACCGCGCCCAGCGAGAGGCCAAGCACCUGUUCCAGUCGGCCGUGUCCAACCUGCGCGACUCCACGGCCAUCGCCAUCGCGGCGGCUGCGGGGACGCAGGACCGAUCCACGCUCAAGGACGACGUGCUUCGUGGCGCCGUGGUGCCCAAGUAUGUGACCCAGUCCACCGAAGUGGGGCUACUUGUCACGUACGAGACAUUCAGCCACGUGCCUCUGACCGUGCGCACGAUCUCCAAGAAAUCGACCAAGUCGUUCAACAAAAUGGAGGAAGUCAUGCGCGAAGUCCACUUGCACAAGAACUUGCGCACCAACUGCCGCGUGGCGUCCGUGCCGCCGCUUCUGGGCACAUGGACCGACGCCAACGGGCUGUACAUGGCGUUUGAAACCAACCUCGUGUGCGACUUUGCCACCCUCAUGACAGACCACGACGCCAAGCUGCCCGAGGAGGCUGUCCGCCAGUACGCCGCCCAGCUGCUCGUGGGGCUCGAGUCCCUGCACGACGCCGGCUACGUGUAUCGCAAUAUGAACCCUGAAAAUCUCGUGCUCGAUACGUUCGGGUACCUGCAGCUUCACGACUUUCGGUACGUUGUCGCAUUGUUUUUUGUGUUGUGGACUUAUGGGGGAAAAACCCUGCCAUCGUAGGUACGCCAAAUGCAUUGACGACACUCGCACGUACACGCUGUGCGGCACGGCCGAGUACACGGCCCCAGAGAUGGUGUCGGCCCAAGGCCACAGCUUCGGCGUGGAUAUCUGGGGCCUCGGCAUCCUCAUCUACGAAAUGCUAUUCGGAGUCACUCCGUUUGCGUGUGACGACCUCGAAAACGACAAGGACGUGGUGCUGGCUGUGUACUCUAAAAUCUCGCGCUAUGACAAGAAGGAUCUGGUCAUGCCCGACCACGAGCGAUCGCGGGAAGUGACCGACUUGUUGACGCAACUGCUGCACCAUUCACCCGACGAUCGGCUGGGGUGCCAGGGCGUCGUGGACAUCACCACAGGCGGGUCGGUCAUCCGAAGUCACCCGUGGUUUGCGUCGGUGGAUUGGAUCAAGGUCGCGGCGGGGGUGCAGGCGGCGCCCCAUGUGGUCGAGAUCACAACCAAAGCCAAGCAGCUCGAAGUGCAGGCCACGCCGUGCAUCCUCGCCGAGUACAGCGACUCGAAUGUGUGGUUCGACGGCUUUUAAUAUAUUUCCGGCUAAUGUUACACUAAUACACAACUCAUUUUAACUUUGUUGAAUGAGCGUG